AGAAAAAAAACCUGGUUUUUUAUUUUUGUAUUUUAUAAUUGUUUACUUUAAAUUCUUUGUUUUGCAGCGGCCUCCACAAAAACCCUAGAAUGUACUAGAUAUAUUUUUCUUUGAGUCAUAGUCAUCACUCAUACCAACAUACACUACUCAAAUGAUGUGUCAUUGGGGUGGGUAUUGCAUUAAGGAGACAGUAACUUUGAUGUGGAGUGGAGAUUCUUGGCAGAAUAGCUUUUUUAUCCUAAUGAAAAGGUUUGGGAAUUAUAUUAAGCUUUUUCAUUGAUGAUUUGUGGUCCAGUUGGCACCCCUUUUGAGGUUUUUUUGUGUGUGCUAAAUCGUUUUGUCCUUAAAUGGAAGAGGUUCAAACAUACCACGAUUUUAGGAAAAUUGGAACAACUGGAGAAUGAAACCUCUGUUUUCUUCCACUUUAUCCUUUUAAUUGCCAUUUAGAGUCCCAGUUACUUUCUGGAUUCUGAGUCUGUGCCUCCAAGUUGCCAAAAAUAGGAAAGCUCUUUCUUCCCUGCUCUUCUGUAGUUCAUACCUUCCCAGGUGACUGAGAACAUUUACUUUCAAUUAGUUUAAUCCAUAUAAAUAAUUUUUGUCCCCUCCCCCUGUGUGAUUAAUUUCAGGUUUGGUUUUUUUUUUAGGCAUGAUACUAAUUAGCACCUAGACUUCCAAGGAUGGAUUUAUUAAACAGCUUCUAGAUUUGUUACGCUUCCCUAAUCCUGAAAGGUCUGGUUUAUUUAUGUUUUAUACUUGGUUCCAGCAGAGCAGGACAAGAACAUCGUUAGUUUGGACUAUUACCAUUCACACAAACCUUGGAUUCCCCAGAAAGUUGCUGUGUUUCAUAGCAUGCAACAAAGACAUUUAUAUCAAACCUGUGAGCAGAAGUCCUGUCCUAUUAGGAUCUCAAAAAUCAUUUUAUAUAACAGAUGACAAAGCAGAAUAGAAGGAAGAGGGUGAACUAUGAACUACCCCUUUGGACCCGACAUCCAUAGUAUGAAAGUAGCUUUUGUGGGUUAAUUUGGUCAGAAAUAUUUCUACCCACCCUUUCUUCUGAUCUUACAUGAUUUCAUGUUACACAAACUCACUUUCAGCACAUAAUCCCAAAAAGAAAAUAAGCUGGAUGCUUAGAAGAAAGGGUAAAUAAAGGUUCUAAGAUGUUAAUAAAAACCAUUUAAGGUUGUUAGCCAUCAGUACCUCUAAGAUGCUGAACCAGUUAGACCAGGCAUGAAAGUGUCUACUUUUUUAAUUUCAUAUGAAACCAAGUAUUGAAAGAAACUGUAGAAAGCUUAGAGAAUGGUCAUAUGCUCUUGGAAAAUGUAUACACACACAGACGGUUAUUGAUAAAAUGCCAAGACAUUUGUGUCAUGAUGGGGAUUGAUGAGGAAGAGUAAUUUCACACUCUAGGUCUCAGGCUAUUAGGAGUUAAAUUUCCCCACGGAACUAAGAGAACAGUACUGUAGAUUUCUAUAAUCAUGGGUUAUACUCUUCUAAUACUUUGGAAUUCAAGCUCCUAGGCCAAAACUUACAGAAAAGGAAACGACUGAAAUAGCGUAUAGUUCUGUAUCUUGCAAGCUGAUCAAAUGCAGAUACUAAAAGCUUUUUAAAAAAGAGGCCAUUGUCUUAAAGACCAUUGAUCUAAUGAAGGCUUAUAGUCACUGUUAACAUGAUUUAACUCUGGGCCCCAGGAAGAGAUUGGAAUGGGUUCAGUAGAAAUAGAGGCAGAGCAAGCCGCGGGCUCUUUGGGUUAGCAGUGGGUUGGCAGUGCAGGUGGGGUUGAAAAGCUUGACAGUUUUAGAGUCAGCUAAUUGUUUAGAGGGAAUUCUGGGUAACUUUGACUAGCUCAAAGACCAAGGCUUUAAGCUAUUUAGAAGUAAGAUUUAAAACAGUAAAAUAUGGUGAUGCAUUUGUUGGGUAUUAUAAAAUUCAGAAUAAUGGUUUACCCAAUAUGCCCAGGAAAUGUAAGAAAAUAGCCUGGAAGCCUUUAAGAUUGCAGUGUCCAGCCAAGAUUGGAUGAAGAAGGUGGAUGACUUAAAUGAAAUCUCUUUGGAACAUUUCUGAUGCUACAUAAUUUCUAAUGGGGAGACUUCUAUGGAGUUCACUGGCAAAGGUACUUUUCUAAUUUGCUAUUUCACCAGUGAAAGGAGCUAACUUAAAGCUGUUGGAUUGGAAUGGAUGACAUCUGGAAUGCUUGAAAAGAGGGUUCCCAAUAGAUUUCAGUUCACCUGUCACCCCAACAUCUGAAACCUGCAAGGAUUGGUAGUGCUAGGCAGUACAUACAUGUUUUAAAGUCUCUCUUAACAGACUGAACUAGGUGUAAGAGAAUGGGAAAAUGCAAACAAGAAAAUAGAAUUACGGUAAAUUGGAAAGGAAUAAAACGAAGUCAAAUGAGUAUUGAGAAUGUAAUGGAAGGAAGGGAUAAAUAAAAAUAAGCAUCAUUCUAUCCAUAUAGUAACUAUAAAAUAUCAAUAAAGGAAUCUAGUGAAUAACUUAGCAGUAGUAUGUUGAUUCAAAAGAAUAAGCUAGGGGAAGCAAAGCCUGCAGGUAUGAUAUGCAAAGUAAAGAAAUGGAACUGCUGAGAGACUAUACUUCACAAACACUGGUGGUUUUAGGUAACCUGGAUGAUAGGGUGGGAUGUGUUGUGGAGGUAGUUGGGAAAUAGGAAAUUGUUAUGUGUUUAUUUUUAGGAGAAUCAGAAAUCAUCAUCAUUGCCUAUGGCCUGGGAGAAGAAUUUAGCCAUAGAAGUUGACCUUCUAAAGUGAGGGAAAUUCACCUGUACCACUGUCAAAUGGGGUUUGAGUUUCUGGACUCUAGAUCAGAUCACAUUGGCCAAGGAAAUGCAUUCAGUUGAGUUUUAGAUGGAAGAAAAAGAAAUACCUUGAAGCCAAUUAAAAAUCGUAAACAUAUGACAAAAAUGAGAGUGACCAGUACAUGAGCUACAUAUGUAUAGAAUGGGCUGGCCCUCAGCUGAACCUCUCCCAUGGGGUUGGGAGGAUCACCAAGGGAUUAUUCAUUAACAGUUGCAGACCCAAGCCUCCAGGCUUUGGAGUGACGGUGGGGAUGGCGGCGGGAGCCAAGGGCUGGCAUGAACAUUCGUGCUGACCAAGAUGAUUGACCACAGACUUUGCAAGCCCUGAAUCCAAUUAAGUUGCAAACAUGCUUUCCCUCAGGGUAAUUCUCAUGUAUGUAAAGCCCAGUGUAAUGAGGCAAUGAAUUCCACAAAUCUCAGAUCUUGGGAGCAGAUGAAACCAUGACAAGGAUGUCAGCAUGGAAGCAGCAAUGCUGUGGAUCAGCACCUUGAAGAUAGGAUUUUAAAGACCGGGCCACUAGAAUUGCAGUCUGGAACCCGAAGGUCCAUUGCACACUCAGCACCUUUCUUGGUCCUGUGCUCAGGCCUUUGUAACAUGCUUAUACGUGUGUCUUUCUUGCUGAAUUAUACAUGUAAUCUGGGCUGGAGCUGUUUUAUUUACCUUUAUACUGCCCCCAACAUUUGUCCUAGUGCUUUUCAGACGGUAUUUAACAACUUUAAAAAAAUAAAUUAAAAAAAAAAAUUUUAAGGUAAUCGACACAGGGCAUGGCUAAUAAUAGAAAGCUUCAUGAAGAUGAAUUUUAAGUCAGGUGUCAGAAGGGGCUCUACGUUAACAGAGCAGGGAUGGGGGAGGUCACUUGGAUCAUCUGGGGAAUAAAAGAGGCUUUGCUGAUGUUGAGUUGGGGAAAAAAGCGAGUUGGUGUAGAACCUAGGAGAUCAAAUCUAGUUAUACGUUGUUUAUACACCGUGUGAUGGUUGAAAUUCACGUUCAUACUGACCAUCUCAUUUUCUUCUUGCAGCCUCAUGAGGUAAGGAAGGUAUUCAUCCCAUUUUAUAGACGAGGAAGCAGAAAUUCAGUAGGUUAUCUGAUAUCAAGUCCUGAACUCUUUCCUCUAUCAAGCGCUGUUUCAUUUCUGUAACUGUGUGUGCAGAGCGGAGAGGUGGUAGGUGGGCAUCGAAUGAAGGAAAAGGAAGACCAGGAGCCUUUCAUGAAAAGCCCCUACCUCUUCUCAGAGAAGCUGCAGCCUUGAGCAAAUAGGGAAGAAGAAGCAUGCUUUGAGGUGGGGACAACAGCCAACUUCUUCAAAACCAACACUUGAGUCAACCAGGCUUAGGCACCUCCCUGCAAGUCUCCCACUCAGUGUUGGCCUAUAGCCCCAGCCUGAAGGAUACAGAUGAGCCACCAGCCUGUGUGGGCUUCACCUUCACUUGCUUGGCCGUGCACACUUCCCUGGGGGUGGUCUUCCAAGCAGAGCCUUCUUAAACAGGAUUUCCGGGUUGAGACUUCACAUGAGCUAGCUCAGUGGAGGUGAUGGGGGACACAGAUGGAGUAGGCUGUCCUACGAGGAAGCCCACCAGCCGGACAACACCCUGCAGGGAGGCCAGGCCGUGAGGCCUGUGGAGGUCAAGGGCUGCGUCUGGCAGGCUCUCUAGUUCUCAUGAAGCAGCAGGUGUUGACGAAGAGAGUUAGGAGUCCGGCCCUUUCCCCACAUGGCAAACUACAGUAAGAAUCUGAUCCUCUGGGCUCACGGGCCCACACUUCCUCACGUCCAGGCUAUGCUGUCUAAUCCCACCUGACAAGCUGGAGGUUUCCGGGAGUGCUCGGACUCUGAUAGGGCCUGAGGUCGGAGGAGCACAGCCUACGGACCAGAGAAAACAUCAAAGAAAACCUAAGAACUUCGAGCCUUCUGCCAAGGAGCUGGAACUAAGUGUUCUGAUGACAGCAGAAAGGAGGAGACCAGACAGCAAUGUCUCUAUCCUCCCACCCAUCCAACCCCCUCAGCGCGGAGGCUCCUCAAACUCAGGGCACACUCCCUCCUCCCAGACCGGUCUUUGUCCAGAGAGCUCUCUAGCCUCUUCCCACCUUUGGGCUGUCUUUGGCCUCAGAAAGGUUGACCAGAGCUGGGGAUAAUCGGGAAGAGUCCCUCACCCAAGGACCGGUUGGACCUCUUAUUCUCAGGAAGAAUGGCACCAGCUGUGGCCUGGCUCCUGUUUCUCCAGCUCGUUCUAGGGCCAACUCUGGUUGUGGACAUCAAGGUGCAGAUUGCCAUCAAGAACUUCCGCAUAUUACACAUCGACUAUCCCCGGGUUAGCUACCCAAAGGGUUUCCAGGGCUAUUGUAAUGGUCUCAUGGCCUAUGUGCGGGGCAGAAAACAGAGCUGGUAUUGCCCCCAAAUCCAUUAUACGGUGCAUGCCCCCUGGAGAGAGAUCAAGAGGUUCUGCAAGUACAGCGAUAGCUUCUGUGAGAAUUACAAUGAAUACUGUACACUCACAGAGGACUCCUUCCCUGUCACAAUCUGCUCUCUGGCCCCUAGACAGCCACCUACGAGCUGCUACUACAACGACACCCUAACCAACCAAAGGCUCUACCUGCUCUGUUCUGGAAAGCAUGAUGCUGAACCGAUAGGUAUCAUCGGCCUCUACUAGGAAAGGCAGGCUUUCAUUCUGAACUGGCCCCUACGGCCACCACACAUCAGCCUGUCCCUAUUCCCAGACCUCUGAUCCCUGGUAUAAGGCUUCCUCCCUGACUUCAAAGGCACGCAGGAUCCCCUCCCAAGAGACCAGGGAGGUAGGACAAAUGUCUCGAGCUUCAGUCACCAUGCAAAGUCAUACUGCCUGGUAGCCUCUUUCCAACUUGUUUACCUCCUUUCUUCCUCUACCAUCCUCCCUCUCCCACAGACAGUCUUACCCACCCAAGAAGCUGACUGUGUCCAGUUGGGAGUGACUGUCCAUCCACUGGGCCAGAUCCUGAUUCCUGGACGGAGGCCCAGAGCCUCAGCUCACACCAUGGCAACCGGCACCCAGCUCCAUAUCUCAAUUCCCCAUCCCCAACACCCUUCUCUUCUCAGCCUUCCCCAUCUCCCUUAGGACUCUCCACUCACUCACCUUUGCAGUAGGUACCUCUAGCUACAGGGACCUCCCUGAGACCCUUAGACUCAUUCUAGCCUCACUUCUCCAGAAACCCUCUCAGUUCCCCAUCUGCUCCUCUCUAUGAAAUCACUGAUCUUUUCUCCACAUCACCUGUUCUUUCCUUUCUUCUCUACCACAGAGCCCAGGGUAGUCGCUCCCUGACAUUCCCAACCUCCUGUAGUCACCCUGUCUUCCUUUCUCUGACCCCUUUUCCUUCCAUCCUUCUCAUUGUGGCUCACUGGAGUUUCAAGUUACCUUCUCUGACCUGUUCCCUCCAAGAUUACUGCAUCCCUUUCCUUCCCAAAGCUCCUCCUGACACCCCCCAAACUCCAAGAUCUCCUGCUGACAGGACAGGGCUGAGGUGAGCCUGGCUGUAGUCACAGAAGGUUUUAAAACCACAUCUGAGUGAUGUAAGAUAUAACCACUGGGUGAAACUGGGGUGAAGGGUAUGUGGGACCUCUCUGUACUAUUUUUGCAUCUUCCUGAGACUCUAUAGUCAUUUCAAAAUAAAAAUAUAAAAACACAUCCGAAUCAGUUUCUCAUUUCAUUCCUUUUUCCUCAGCGCACCAGAACUCCUACU